AUGCGGUGGACUGCCGAGCUCCAGCAGAGCUUCCUGCGAGCUGUCGACUGCCUCGGCGGCCCAGACAGCGCCAAGGCAACCCCGAAGCGCAUUCUUCAGCUCAUGGACGUCGGAGGGCUCACCAUAUCCCAUGUCAAGAGCCACCUUCAGAUGUACAGAUGCACACUGCAUGGCAUUGGGAAGAAAGAGAUGCAGCCACAGCUUCCUCCCAAGAAUCACUCAUUUGCCAUUCAUGAGCAAGGCACCAAAGGAUUCAUAGUCCCGCCCAUGAAAAGGGCCAAGUUUGGGACGACGGGAGUUGCGGCAACAUACACGAGCAUGCAAGGAAACAGUGAUAUGAGGAUGAUGAUGGUGGUUCCUGGCAGCCAGUGCUGCGGCAUUGAUGAUUACGUGCGAGCGCAAGCAAUGUCCAUGGACAGGAGGUGCGUAAACGAGGAGGGCCUCCGGUGGCAGACUGAUGCUGCCGCUUCUGCAAACCUCCAGGAAUUAGGAGGACCUUGGGUGCAAGUGCAAUGGCCUGACGACCCCUCUAAGGUUACCAAACCGGAAGCACCCCAUCAUAUGAACCAUACGGCGAGAACACUACCUUCCGUGGAGAGCUACCCAAGUUGGAGCUUCCUGUUCAGCAGUGCGACGACCGGAGAAGACGAGCCGGGCGACUCGGUGGACAACAAACGCUCGCCGUCGCCGUGGUUUGCCUUGGAGCAGAGAGCUCUGAACGACGUCUUUUCCUGUCCCAGCGACAGCAGCUGCGUGCUCUCGCCGUCGCCGAGGAGCUUCAGCGACUGCUCAGGGCCUCCGGGCUGCAGCUUUGCUGGGCAGCAUGUUAACCUGGAACUUUCCCUGUCGAUCCCUGGAUCCUAA